CCGAGGCCGGAGGGCCGGGCCGGGGCCCAGGCCGUAGGGCAGUGUCCACGCCAUGGAUUUGAACCAGCAGUCCAAGCCGCCCGUCCACAAGUGCAACAGUGACCCCACCCGGGGCUCGCUGGCGGCCGCAUCGCCCAGGAAGUGCGUCCUCACCCUGGACGGAUACUCCUAUGUCAUAGUGGCCAGCCCUCCAGACCGGCGCGGCCUGAGCGGUCAGCCCGGCAUGGCGGUGUCGGGGGCGGUGUCGGGGGCGGUGUCGGGAGCGGCGGUGGGGGCGGGGCCCGGCGGGGGGCCACCGCCGUACGAAGACGAGCAGCCCGAGCAGGCCAGCACGCCCUCGGGCACGCCGCCGCACAACGGCCAGCUAGCCCAGCAAGGCUCGCUGACCAUCGUGCGGAGGAGCAGCACGAAGAAGGCCGUCAACAACGCCCCCGUCGGACCCACCGUCAUACGAGGGGGCGCCCCCGGGCCCCCUGGCGGAGGGGGGGCGCCCCCAGACCCCGCCGACUCGCUGGCUAGAGAUGUGGAGUCCAUGGACCUCAGCACGGACUGCUUGCCCGCCGUGGACACGCCCGACGCCUGCGACAAAGCUGCGUUCAGGCUCCGCUGCCUCCUACGUCAGCUCCAGCUGGGACAGGUCUCCGCGGACCUGCUCCAGAGCAACUUGCUCUACGCCGCACGCGUCCUUGAGGCGGUGUUCAUCGAUGAGACUAAGGACCGUGCGGACGAGGGUCAAGGCAGCCAACUUUCGGAGCGCACCGCCGCCGGCGAAUCCAGCAAGCCCGUGCAACGAAGACGGUUACGGAGACCCGUUUGGGCAAGAGGCCCCGCUCGGAGAGGAAACCUCGAAGCCAGUCGGGACUGCUCGCCUCCUGCGGACACUCGGCGGCUGGCCGACGAGGACGACGAGCUGUCCGAAGUGCAGCCCGACGCCGUGCCGCCCGAGGUGCGCGAGUGGCUCGCCUCCACCUUCACGAGGCAGCUGGCCACGCAGCGGCGCAGGCCCGACGAGAAGCCCAAGUUCCGGUCGGUGGCGCACGCCAUCCGCGCCGGCAUCUUCGUGGACCGCAUCUACCGGCGGGUGUCCAACGCCGCGCUCAUGCAGUUCCCGCCGGAGGUGGUGCGCGUCCUCAAGGUUCCACGUCAUGUCGUGAAGCCUGCUGACAAGAGGAGGGGAUCUCGCCACAAACCCCACCACAACAACCUCCAUGCGGCGGACGUCGCCCAGGGCGUUCACUACAUGCUGUGCCAGACCGGUCUCAUGAACUGGCUGACGGACCUGGAGAUCUUCGCCACGCUGCUGGCGGCCAUCGUCCACGACUUCGAGCACACGGGCACGACCAACAAUUUCCACGUCAUGUCGGGGUCGGACACGGCGCUGCUGUACAACGACAGGGCCGUCCUGGAGAACCACCACAUCAGCGCCGCCUUCAGGGCACUCCGAGAAGAUGAAUGUAAUAUUCUGCAAAACUUGUCCCGUGAGGAAUUUAGGGAAUUCAGGACAUUGGUCAUUGAUAUGGUCCUUGCCACGGACAUGAGCUUCCAUUUCCAGCAGUUGAAGAACAUGAGGAACCUGCUAACACUCGCAGAACCAACGGUCGACAAGUCGAAAGGCCUUGCAAUGGUGCUCCAUUGUUGUGACAUAGCCCAUCCAGCCAAGCGCUGGGACCUGCACCAUCGUUGGACAGAGUUAUUGCUUGAAGAGUUCUUCCGUCAGGGAGACAGGGAGCGUGAGCUAGGGCUACCAUUUUCACCGCUCUGUGAUCGUAACAACACUCUUGUUGCUGAAAGUCAGAUAGGUUUUAUUGAGUUCAUCGUUGAACCGUCCAUGGGAGUGUGCGCAGACAUGUUGGAGGUUGUUCUUGCCCCUAUCUUGGGCAACAGUGCCAAGGAAACGAACAAAAACAAGGACGCAAUUGAAGAGGAGCCCACUGGUGAUGGUGCAGGAAAACACAAAUCUGAUCAGCAGCGCUUCACCAUCAAGAAACCCUGGGUCGGCAUUCUUGCAGAGAACAAGAAAAUGUGGAAGGAGCAGGCAGCGAAAGAUGCAGAACAGAGAGCCCUCCAGCAACAGUUGGAGGAAAGCGAUGCCAAUAAGUCAGCUCCAGUGGAAGAAGAGGAGUGAGCACAAUUACAUAUCUGGAGUCCUCCGUGACCAGAGCCUGACAUAUCUUUGUGAGAAGCAUGGCUUUAUCAAGUUUUGCUGUGCCUUCGUACCUGGAAAAUUUAAAGAAGUGUCAAAUAUAUUAACAUUUUCAGUCAUGUUUAGAGUGCCGCAGUGCUGUUUUCUGAAAUGUCAGGCCAAUACUGGGUUGAAAUUGUCAAGUUGAGCUUAGGCAACUGUGCACUUAGAAGAAAAAUUUAGGAUUUUUCCCAGACAAAAUUGUUCUAAGAAUUCUUUAUGAUUCUGUGCAGUUUUGCCUAAUGAGAAGCAGUAUGGCACAUUUUUUUAGCUGAAAUUUGAUACUUUUAUUCAAUUUUUCUGGCCGAUUUGUGUAUUAUUGCCUACAGCAUAUGCUUGAGCUUGAACUGGAUCAAAUAUGUGGUUGACAAAAUGCUGGUUUAAGUGUUGGCUGUGUCCUAAAAAUACUAGAUUUUAUCAGUAUAUUGUAACAUAUACUUCGGGUAUUACUCAAGAAACCUGCUCUUCCACAUGCUGAUGCCUUGGCUUACUUUGAAAGACAAGUAGAUGUCCUGGAUGAUCUCACCUUUACCUGACAAUGAGAUUGGGUGAUACUUAAUAAAAAAUAUAAAUUGUGAUAUGAUCUGUUUGAAAGUGCAUUGUUGAAUGCUUUCUUUUGUUCAUAGUUCAUUUAGAUUUCAGUGAUUCAUUCUUUUCUUUUCUUCUGUCUGUGCAAAUUUACCAAAAGAACUGCACAAAUUUUUUUCGCCUUUUAUUAAUAUGUUGCAAGCAGAACUUUAUUUUAAGUGUAAUGUUUUUCUUUAAUUCAUAAAUCCUCAUGUUUUUAAUUGUUCCUCUACUGGGCUCUAAAUAAGUAUACUUAAGUUACACUGUAACACUUCACUGUGUACUUCUUUUUAAAGUUUUUACAAAAGCCCAAAACCAUUUCUUUUUCGUUCAGUUUUGAGUGACAUUUGAUGACAAAUAUAAAACUGUACAAACCUUAAAGUAAAAAUUUACAUUGUUGAAUUAUUAAAAACAAAAUUAUGAAAACAGAAAAAAAGGAACAGGUAAUUCGUCCUAAGACCAACAAAUUGAGAUGUAUUGUAAAUAGCCCUCUUAAAUAAUGCAGUGCAUUUUGUAGUAUGUAAGUCCAAACCAUGUUGAUAUCUGUAUGUACCACCAUACCUAACUUUCAUUUGAGGCGUGUGUAAAUACUAUUACCCUCAAAAAUUUUGGACCAAUAUAUUUAACUGUAAGGUCAAAACCUAUGAAUCUAUGAUCCUAUUAACUAGAAUAAUGUCGUUGUAAGGAACCCAAACAAAGGGUGCAGUUGGAGGACCUUGUACAAAACAAAAGUUAUUUGUAAUGAAAUUCUUAUAGUGCAUGAAAUAUUGGCCAUUCGCAUCAUCUACAUUAUACUGGGACGUUGAGCUGGGGAAAAACAUUGUACAACAGGCACAGUAUACAAUCUUCUGUUUCUCGUUUUGUCCAUUAGUAAUGUUUCAUAUUCGACUCCCACCUUUUACCAGUUGUUUUCAUAGUUUAAGUCAUAGUUCUGCAAACUCAGAACUUCAAAAGGAAAAGAUAUUGUUUUACCAAACAGUACUAUUGUAAUUUUAUUUAGUGUGACCAGUCCUUGGUGGAGAUCUCUUCCUAUGUGCUGUACUUGUUUUCGAAUUUCUCUUUUAAGGCCUGCAUUAUUCUGCUGUUCUAUUUUGUCAUUUGAUGAAAAUACUCCCAUUUCUUGUAAGAUAUAACUUGAAAUUGUUGGUCAAUCUUUCUGUUUGUUGGGACCAUAGCAUAACUAUGUCAUGUGCCUCACCUCCAGAAUUGUUUGGAAAGGGAGAGUGGAGAGCCUUCUUCCAAAACACUCUAGCCUCACCCAUAGGAAUAGAACAUAGGAAAAGCACAUCUGUAGCACUCUUAUGCUAAUGUUGGUCAUUUGAAACUCCAUCGUAAUUUAUGACAAUCUGUUCAAAAUCUGCAAAAUAUUGCAAAAAUAUUUCAGGAGGCACACUCACAACACGUUCCUGUAGCAGCUCUACACUUGUACUCCUCCCAGUACAGUGGAUUUUGUUGAUGAAUACAGCAGUCAAACACCCCAUGAUCUCUUCAGAAGUGCAAUAAAUUCUCUGGGUGUAAGUUUAGUUGUUUUUGUUUCUGUCCAAAAAAUAUUCUUCGGUAACUACCUGAUCUGUUGAGUAAUAGUGCCUUGUGAUGCCUUCGCAUUUCUUUUUGAAAUAAAUAAAUAAAUACUGUGCUUGUUCUAUGUAAUGCUGGAUUUUCAUAUUGUAAAUGAGAAGGUAGGAAUUUUUAGAUCCAAAAUCUGAAAACUUGGAUCCAAAAAAAAGAUCACUUAUAGCAAUCUUGAUACUAUGCAAUAAAUAUUUUAUUGAGAGAGGAACUACUUCUAGUCUUUGAAUAGAUACAAAUGAUUGAUAGGAAUUAAUACUUUUUUAUGGCACACUGUAGUUGCACUCGAAAGUUGACUAUUUUCAUGGUCUUGUUCGAAGAGCACAUCUUGUGCCUGUAAAAUGUGCCUUAAAUACACCCAAAUAAUAUUCUGAGGGCCGUGAGAUUUUACUGUACUGCUUUCCAACUGAACACGUGUCAAAAAAGUACACCUUGUGUUGCAUGAGUUAAAUUAGUGAGGCAAAAUGGGCUUUAGUUAAAAUGGGCUUUAAUGAAAUAGGUCAUCCCACUUAAAAAAUAAGCAUAAAAUUUAAGCCUGAAAAUGACACAAGCUGUAUUAUAACAUGUUAAAGUACAAGAAUUCUUUUUAAAUGUCUUCAAAUUAUCUCAAGAGUGCCAACCAGGUGUAAGCUAUGAAUUGUAAUGCUGUUUGCCCGUCCAUUGAAAACACAGGACAAGGCCUAAAAUACAACAUGGAAGAUAUUUCAAAUUCAGUGAGCUACAGUGAAAUUCAAUAAACGUAAAUGGAUUCUGAACUGGAGACCAAUAAACAUUCCUCUGAGCACAAAGUCAAGGGCACUUGUCAUAUUUUCUGAACCUUCUGAACAUCUUGAUUGAUUGAUAGGCUGUUGAGAAAUUAAACUAUUAAAACAGAGA